AUGGCGCACUGCUGGACUGUCACACGACUCUCCACUCUCACUAUUGUCAUCGCCUCGCCCGCCUUGAGCUGCCUCACCCUUGGCAUACAACACUUGUGCUCCGAGCUCCUGGAAGUAAACAAGGCCUCAGAGGAAGACUUCGACACGACUGUGUAUCUAAGUUACUUGUCAUUUGUUAGAAUGUUCGAGGAAGCUGGUGGUGAUAAGGAGAAAGAUGCCAUAAAUGAUCUGAAGCAGCAUGCCAUGGCGCAGAAGAAACUUAUCCAGGAUGUGAGGAACAGCUUGUACUACUCGUCUGCGGUGGCGCUAGAUGAGCUGGGGGACUCUGACGCCAUUGCGACCGAUGGCGAGGACGACAUCAUCAAUCCAACCGCAUCGUCAUCACUUUCACUGCUGGACGAUCUCCUGUUGGAGAAGCGGAUGGAGCAGGCCGUUGAGAUCCUGGAGCAGGAACUCCAACGGAUGCAGGAGAGCGACGUCGUGGCGGCGGCGUCCCGCAUGUCCGCAGUGUUGGCAAGGAAGGCCAGCGUCGCCGACCGCCUCGCGUCCGUCGCGGAGCACCCACGUACACCGCGGCCGGAGCUCCUCCGGGCGCUUACGGGGCUCUGCAGGCUCGGCGAGAAGCGGCGAGCGAACGGCCUGCUCCUGGGGUUCUACAGGGCAAGCGUCCGCCGCCGCGUCGACGAGAGCCUGAGGCUGAAGCAGCCUGGGAAUGGGAAGCACAGCUACCUGAUGCACAUAGUGCGCACGGUGCUGUCCACCGUUGUCGAGGCGUCGAGAAGCGCGGCCCUGCUGCAGCUGCAGCCGUCGGCCGAGAUGGAACGGUGGGCGAGGGAGGAGAUGGAGGACCUGGGGGUGGCGAUCCGCGAGUUCAUCUUCAUGGCAGCAGCGCCGUCAAGCAAGCUGGCCCUGACGCUGGAAGCUGCAAGAUGCGCCCUCGACUACGUCCCUCUGCUGGAUCGGCAUCAGGCGGAGUAUCUGAGGGAGGUUCUGGCACAAUGCAUGGAGGAGGCGCUGGCCAUGUACGCCGGCCAUCUCAGGGAGGUCAUCCGCCUGCUGGCCAGCGACGGCGCGUCCAUGGUGCUGGGGCGGUUCCUCGUCUCGGGGGUGCUGAGGACAAGAAAGCAUCCGGAGAUGGAGGAGCUGAGCUGCUGCCUGCUUACGACCAGCGGGAGGAAGGUGGCCACACUGAUGCAGGACGUGGUGGAGGACGUGUCGCCGCUGCUGGGUCUCGGGACAGGGAUGACCUCCCUCUCACUGCUCCAGCUUCUCGCUGAGCUCCUACGAGAGUACAUGCUGCAGCUUCUCGCGGUCGCGGCGGCUGCUGCCAACGAUGACAUGACGAUGGUCUCCGUGCUGAUCAACUGCACGACGCUUCUGUCCCUCUUCCCGCUCGUCGCUCGCCGCAUCUUCACCGCAACGUCAGCUGCUGCAUCUCAACAAGAGGAUUUUGAUUUUCCACCCUCACAAGCUUUCGACGGCCUCAUCCUCUCCAUCAAAGAAGCCGCGGGCCAAGUAUGGACAUGCUUCUGCCACCACUUCAUACGCCACACCGUCGUCAUGUCGUCAAACCCCCUCCUACACAUACGCAGCAACAGUACUCAUGCCUUUGACGCCAUUAUGCCUUCAUCUGCUUUUCAGGUGUUUUUCCUACGGGUGAGGCAGCUGAAUGGCACAUACGGUGCCAUCUUAACCGGAGAGGAUGGCACAAUGAAGAAACUGUUGCAGGAGUUGAUGGAGGCUAUGAUGCUCUGCCUCUCUGACAACCUAGACUCUUGGAUCCAUCAAGCAUCCCAUGUCGUCCCACAGGACACACUCCUUCAGCAGAUCCAGCUAGACGUCCAUUUUCUACUAGAAGUUGCACAGUUUGGAGGCUUCUCCUCCGACGAUUUCAGGAAUGCUGCACUGUGCUUGCUCAGGAAAGCACAAGAACUAGCGCCAUCUUGUUCUUUGGAGCAGCAGCAGGAAGAGGGGUGGGCUGCCGAUGCUGCAAGGCAUGCAGUGCAGGUGCUGAUGGGGUCUCAGGCUCAGCAAAACAGCUGCAGUACUGUCUCACUGCAGGAAGGCGAAGCAGGUGAUGAGACGCAGCCAGAUGCUUCUUCACAACAUCAAGUCGGAGCUUGCAGCGAUGGCAAAUCCAGCGAUGAGUUUGUCAGCCUCGAGGAUGAAGCCCUUGUUGAUUCAGCGGAGGAGGACAGCAGUUGCUCGCAGGAUGGCGGUCCUGUGUCCCCUACCUCUGCUCCAAUGAUGGCUGUUGCGAGCAGGCAGCAGUUGGCGAGCACCACCACUACUCCCGCUGCAGCCGCAAAUCAGAAAGGCAAUAGCAGAAGAAAGGAAGCGAGAGAGGGCAAGGGCAUGGUCAGCAGCAGGCCACGGUGGCAUUAA